AUGUCUCUUAAGACAAAGUUCGCCGGAUAUGAGGUCAAGAACCCACUCAUGCCAGCUCCAGGCCCACCAGUUCGCGAUGCCAAGGCAUGCAUUGACUGCAUCAAGGGCGGCUGCGGUGUUAUGGUUACAAAGACCAUCUCAACAGCUGCUGCUAAGGUUCCACAACCAAACAUGUACGAGUCUAAGGACCACAAGUACUUCCUGAACACAGAACUCUGGACAGAAUUAACACCAGAACAGUGGCUCGAACACGAAUAUCCAAAGAUCCGUGAAGUUUGCAACCAGGCUAAGGUCCCAAUGAUCUGCUCAAUGGGUUACACAGCUGAUGAAAUCGCUCAGAUGGCUCCAAAGGUUGCUCCAUUCUGCGAUGGUCUUGAAUUAUCCACACACUACAUCGGUGAUGAUCCAAAGCCAAUGCAGGAUGCUAUCAAGGCCGCUAUCAAGGGCUCUGGUGGCAAGCCAGUCUUCGUCAAGCUUUCACCAUUCCGUGAUGCUCCAAAGGCCGCUAAGGCUGCCAAGGAAGCUGGUGCAACAGGCCUUGUUUGCGUCAACUCCUUCGGCCCAACACUUGCUCUCGAUAUCGAGCGCAAGGGUGCUCCAUUCAUGGGCUCAUCAUCCAAGUACGGUUGGGUUUCUGGCCCAGCUAUCAAGCCACUUGCUCUUCGUGUUGUCUACGAUGUCUGCAAGGAAGUCGAUCUCCCAGUCGUCGGUGUUGGUGGUAUCUCCAACGGCCGCGAUGCUAUUGAAUUCCUCAUGGCUGGUGCUCAGGCUCUUGGUAUCUGCACAGCUGCUAUUGUUGAAGGCCGUGAUGUUUAUGGCCGUAUCGCUCAGGAAAUGAGCCAGUGGCUUACAGAGCACGGCUACAAGGACAUCCACGAGGUCAUCGGCCUCGGCCUCAAGCACCCACCGCUUGCCCAGCUCAACCCACCAAAGAUUGAGGCUGAGAAGUGCGUCGGCUGCGGCACAUGCGUUACAUCCUGCCUCUACGAAGCCCUCCAGCUCGAAGAUGGCAUCGCUAAGGUUACAGGCGAAAAGUGCUUCCGCUGCGGUCUUUGCUACACUCGUUGCCCAACAGGAGCUAUCAGCAUCCAGGGCUAA